AUGGUCAGUCCGUCAAAAGGCCAGAAGCAGACCCUGGAUCUCAAUUGCCUCACAAUCAAGGAGCUCGAGAAACAUGCCGCUGUCAUGAUGGACAAGCAGACCCGGGAUUACUACAACGAGGGCGCGGACUCAGGCUCCACCCUCCUCGAGAACAUAGAGGCUUACGCGAAAUAUCGCAUACGACCUCGGGUGUUGCGUGAUAUCUCUCAAAUCGACACUUCUGCCUCUAUCUUCGGCUUCCGUAACAGUUUACCACUCGGCGUUGCGCCCACUGCCAUGCAAUGCCUGGCGCAUCAAGAUGGAGAGAUAGCUACGGCACGCGCGUGCAAAGAGAUGCGUGUGAUCAUGGGCCUUUCCUCCUUCGCGACCUCGACACUCGAAGCCGUGGCCGAGGCCAGUGGCGACAUCCCGAACGUCCUCCAGCUGUAUCUCUUCGAAGAGCGCGACCACAGCCGAAAACUGAUCGCUCGAGCGAAGAAGGCAGGCUACAAGGCUGUCUUCCUGACCGUAGACACGCCUAUGCUUGGCCGACGGAACCUAGAGAUACGCAACCAGUUCAAGCUACCUAGGCAUCUCAAGAUCGCCAACUUCGAUGAGGACAUCAACUCCGAUGCGAGUGCCACGGUCAUGGACGGCACAGGGAGCUCGUCGGAGCCACAGGGACAGAAGAAAAGCGAGGCCGCCUCUAGUACGCGCAGGCAAAGCAGCGUGGGCUACCACGACGGCGAGAAGAGGCAUCCACCAUCGGGUCCUAUAACCUUCCACACGCAUGCCGCAAAUCCGACGCUCUCCUGGGAGCGAGACAUCGCGUGGUUAAAGAAGGAAGCUGCACCUAUGGAGGUAUGGGUCAAGGGCAUUGCUACCGCAGAGGACGCUUUGCUGGCCGUACAUCACAGCGUGGACGGUAUUGUCGUCUCCAAUCACGGUGGGAGACAGCUCAACGGGGCAUUGGCGACCCUCGAUGCACUUCCGGAAGUCGCCGCGGCUGUAGGAGGCAAGAUUCCUGUGCACGUCGACGGUGGAGUCAGACAUGGGACCGACAUCUUCAAAGCAUUGGCGCUUGGAGCAGAUUUUGUCUGGAUUGGGCGUCCUGUAUUGUGGGGGCUUGCAUACAAAGGGCAGCAGGGGGUUGAGCUGUGCUUGAAGCUGUUGGCUGAUGAGUUCAGGCUGUGCAUGGGAUUGGCGGGGACGAUCAAGGUGGAGGACAUCAACAAAGACUACCUCGUCAAGGUGGACAAGAGUGGAUUCAUCAGCCGACUGUAG